UGUCAAAGAAUUAUAUAAAUUGCAACAUGUUUUAUGUGACUGGAAGUUUUUAUUUUAUGAAAAGCUAAGUGCACAAUACAGUAAAUGUGGAACCAAUCUGAGGGUAUAUUGGAAGCCCAAACAUGCACACCGCACGAAAAUCGUCCGAUAUUAAAAGUAAAACAAAAGAGAAAUCAAAGGAUGAUAUACCACCGAAAAAAGAAAACGAGAAACUCAAAAAGAGUGUGUACAGUGUAUCUACUCCGAGGCCAUAUCUUCAACCAUCCACUACAGCAGAUAUAUAUUCAAGACAAAACAGUGCUUUGAAAGCACCAAAGAAGUCUACACAACCUACUUCUAAGAAUACCGUGUCACCAAUGAAGAAUUUAUUAAAAGCUUCACCAUCUUUGACACAGAUUAAAAAAACAGGCGUGAAAAAAACAGAACCUGUCAAUACUAAGGCUAAGGCUGUUCCAGAUACAACCAGGUCGAAUAAAACGCCGCGCUCGUCGAAAAAUUUGCCAUUCACGAAUGUGACUGUAAAUUCUCCAGCUGUUAAGAGAAAACUGGUUUCUGAAUUUGAAACAAAAUUGGAAGAUCCCAAAAAUAAUCGUGAAUCAAGACAUAAAGUACUGGAAGAUACGAAAGUGUCUUCGAAUAAGGUUAAAGUAGUUGCAAAAGACGUAGAAAGUAAAGAAAGACAAAGAACUAAAACUAGAACUUUAGAUGAAGGCGAAGUGAAGAUAUUGACGCCUGAUGCAGUUGAUAAUAAUGCUGAAAUGUUGAAUUUGGCACAGAAACUAAAAGCUCAACCGAAAGCGUUUUUUGUUGAUCUGAACGGAGAACAAUCACAGGCACAAAAAGAUAAACAAUCAAGUGAAGAAGACAUAAGCUAUGAAGACGACUUCGAGAGUUACGAGUCAGAUUUCGAUUCGUACCACAGUUCGUCGUCAAGUAAGGUAGAUAACGAUGCCUCCAGUGAAGUAUCGGAUACUAAAGAUCAUGUUGAAGAUGAUGGGAACACGAAAGAGGAGAAAAUGUUGGAUUCUGGAACCUUCGAACUCCGCGAUCGUUCAGCGACCAAAACGAAACCGAUGGAAUUCAUACUCGAAGACACCAACGACAAGAAGGUAUCCCUCACAGACGAGGGUUUUCAGGAGAUGUCCAGUUCUAGCGCUGUGUCCAGCAUGAAGACUGUGCACGUGGAAGUGCUGGAAAGACCGUUAUUUAUUGAUUUCACAAAGUCAAAAGAGAAUAGAAAAAAGCGUCGCAUUUUUGAAAAACUCAAACAGCGAGCGAAAGAUAUUUUGAGCAUGGUAACACUGCAUGAAAUGUCAUUUACGCUGUUUGAAAUGAAGCCAAUACCGUACGACUUGUAUAUGGCAACGUUUGGGAAAGCUAAUUAUACGCAAGUUUCAGUACAAACUUUUGAUGAUGGUAUCUCGCAAGAAGUUCAAACUGAAGAUAUAGAAUUAAAUAAUAAAUGGACACAACAUCCAGUCGAAUUUACUAAUGAAAUCGUUUGCGUGACACCCAAAGAAAAUAAAGAAAAAGUACAUAAAGGGAAUGAUGAUGUUUUAACAAAAGUUACAGAUUUAAUCAACUUUGAUAAUAAGUCGCGAAACACUGGAAUAGAUGACAGUUACAGAACGAAUCAUUUGCGAGCAUAUUUGGAACAAAAACAUGGUGCUGGAAGCGAUGAAACAUUACCUUUGGAAAUAUAUGAAUCAAAGAUUAAAAAGACAGAUUUUAGUGUUAUUAAUUUAAGGAAGUUUUUAAAAAAAGUUGAGGGUAGACUAAGUAAUAUUUUAAGCACAAACACUGGCAACACUCAAAUGUCAAAUUUGAUAAGCACAUCCAAGUUUCCGUUUAGUAAAGAUUAUGUAUCUAUAUCGAUGAAAAAUUAUAAGAAUAACAGUGAUUUUAUGACAAAUACGAAAAUAAUCGGAAUUGUUUUUUCCGAGACGAAGAGUAAUUUGAUAUUUACGAUACAUGUAAAAAGUAAAACUGAUACUCAUAAAAGUGUGCUCUGUCUAUGGGAUCUCAGUAUUGCCAUGUUAGAACCGAUUAAAUUAUUAAUAGCCACAGAUAACAUAGAGAAAGGUAAAUUCAGGGGAAGUACAGAUGGCAUAUUUGUUGCUGCUUUAAAAGAUGGCACAGUUCAUUUAUGGGAUUUAGCAGAAGAAACUAAUUGUUUUGAUAGUGGAAUUCAGGAUAAGGAGGCAGGAGUCAGUGAAAAUAAACAUAGCCAAAGUAAUAGAACAAACCAUUCAGUCCCUAAAAGAUCGUGUGCCUACACAAGCAGUGCUUCAAACAUGAAUCUGAUGCAGCCAAUAGACAGAAUCGUAGGUUUGGAAUUUACGACUAGCAACACUGUUGAGAUGGAAAAUGGUAAUAAAGUUAUUGGGCAGGUAUUCUCAUUACAAAAACGAGGAAUACUAACGCUAUAUUCAAUUGUUCAAGAAAAGCAGAAAAACAAUACUUACGACAUUGGAAAGGCAUUCUGGUCGAAGAUGCGUUUAGAAAAAUAUCAAUAUAUUGAUUUAGUAGAACACUAUGUGCCAAUAAACAAUUUAACAGAUAAUAUAACAGAUUUUAAUUUAAACAUAGCUAAGAAACGAUUAACGAAUAAACGAAAUGACAAAACUUUGACAGCGAACAUUUCCCGCCCAAAAUCGUCUUUACGAAGAGUUGACAGUGACAGGCCUAAAAGUGCUGCCAGAUUUAAAAGUGUAAUUGCGAAAGAUUCUAAUUGGGAAUGUGGUAUUGUUUGUAGUGCAUUGAAAAUAAUUAAUUUAAACAAUAUAGAUAAUUAUUUAAUAGCCAAGAAUUGUGGAGAAGUUUUAAAUUGCAAGAGAACAGCGGGGAUCUUUAAAGUUUUCAGAUUUAAUGUUACAAAUGAUGCAUCUGUAAUAACGUUUUUAGAAGCAUCUCCAAACGGUCUACCAUAUUUCUUAGCGGCCACUGAUUCUGGAACUAUACAUCUAUGUUCAUUAUUAACUUCGAGGGUUCUUCUUACAUUGGACAGUCGAAAAACACCGUCAAUAUUGCCUGAAAAAUAUAAUGUGGACAGCAAAGGAAGGUUCGUCGGUACUGUAGCUAAAUCUGAAGUUGUUAAUAGUGCUUUAGAAACAAACCUGUCAGUAACAUCACUAGCAUGGUCGCAAACCGAUCCGUUCUACAUCACUAGUUUAAUGGCGAACGGGCGGAUGGAUGUGUGGAUGUUGACACAUAGUGACAUACAUCCAUACAGAGUGUAUGAAAGAGCGGCGGUUGUGUGUGCAGCGAAGGAUAGGAACUUGGCUCUUCUCAACACAGAAGGCGAUGUGGAUAUCUACAGAAUAAAUACAAACAAAGAUGAAUCUAGCAAUUUGGAAGUUUUUAAGAAAUAUGUAUCUCUUUUAUAAAACUUUGGGCACUUGCAGUUUAGUAUAGAAUAAAAUAUAAAAAUAUUUAA